AUGUCCUGCCCCGACAUUCUACCUGAACAUGUUCUAAGUCUGUUGAAAACUUCCAAGUACGUCCAUCUGGCUACCUGUUCCAAGCCGGAAUGCAUUCCAUCCAUCGCUUUGAUGAACUACACUUAUAUUCCUCCCAGCAAAGUAUAUGUUAAAGAAGGAGAAAUUGGCGAACCGAUUGAGAGAAAGCACUACAUUAUCAUUGCUACUCAAAAAGACACAGCAAAGUAUGAGAACAUCAGACAAAAUCCGCAGGUUUCAAUCCUAAUUCACGAUUGGGUCACCGCGAAGAAGCUGUCGCUAAGAAAAAACAGCAUGUCUAAUACUCCAACCCCCGAACCUCAAAGAAGCCAAGAUGCAGAUCAUCCUAGUAGGCUUUUGAACCUCUUACAGGAAUUGAACCAAUCUGAACUUUCUCAAAUGAGUGCUACGAUGCGUGGGUAUGCCGAAUGUAUCGAUCCAUCUCACGAAGAAGCAAAGUACUACGAAGCUGAACUGCUUAAGGCAAACCCGGAUGCGGCCGUUUUCAUCCAGGGUAACAACAUCGCUGUUGUCAAGAUUGAACUAGAGAGCGCGAAAGUUUCAGAUCGUGAGAAUAACACAAGUUUCUAUGAUUAG